UCUGAUAUGCACAAACAUUCAAACUGUAAAAAGAAAAUGAAAUGAUUUCAUUUUGAGGGAGAAAAUAAAGUAGAAAUGACUGUUUAUUUAAAAUUGCACUGUGGUUUUAUUCAGGCAUUGAAUAUACGGAAUAUCUAAUGGAUAAAUAAUGCAGAAGCUACUAAAAUGAAUAGUUAAUGAAUUAAUCGUUUGUGCAGGCAUUUUUGUGAAGAAAAAAAAAGAUUAUUUCAACAAAACUUUUUAUUCGGCUAACUCAUUUUUCAAUGAGCAUUUGGGUAAAGUUACAGCAUAUGAGCCACAUGCCCUUUUGUGAAAUUAAAUCGUGAAUUAGAUUUAUCGAAAUCUACUGCAAUAGCUUAGCGUAUCAAAGUACACAAAGGGUCUUACGGGUGUUGAUUUCAUAUGGAUUCAGACACGGGUAUCCGAAUAAACAAUUAUUUAACAGUCUCCGUGUAUAUGCAAUAGUUAAAUAAUCUGAACGUGAAUGUACACAUUGUUUUUGUUAUAGACGUGUCUUUUGUGUCUUUAAAUUUCUUUUGGAUAUUUCGAAUAUUCGGAUGAUAAACUUUUGUAUAUAUUAUUUGGAUACUUGUAUCUAUGGUGUCUCCAUCAACUUCACCAGGAAAGCUUUCGAAACCAAAGUUUCCUCUGUUCAACCGGCUCUUGCAUGAAAGUCUGUCCGGGAGGGUACCGGCACGGAACGGUAAUUAUCCUGAGUGUCCAGCUACAGCCCCUGUGCUCUUGUGCUCCUCUAAAACAAGUAUUGACGACAUGGCAAAAGAAACUGUUCAUAAAGAAAUCAAGAUGGCACAUGAGAUACAUUUAAAGAACAACAAAUACCGGCAGUGGGUUAAGGCUGGCCUAGGCUUGGGUUAUCUUAAAGAGGGACUUGCGCCAUUUUGUGAUGACAUAGGAAACCAGCAGCACAAAGAUAUUAUAAACCAAAUACAACAAACAAAGACUCCUCAACCAAACAUACCAUGUGGCGCCUGUCAGAUAACAACUCUCCAGCCAGAUCAUGUCCGAGUCUCAAAAGGGAUAUGUCCCCUCAAUCAAGAUAAAUGUAACUGUUGUUUUCCAAGUAAUAAGAGACCCUGUCCAAACAAUAUAUGUGGUGCCAUCUAUGACAGCAUUAUACAGUAUCAUGCAUCAAUGCCACCGGCACCUUUUUGGAAAAACAGUGAUGCCCAACAGUGGUCGUCAGACCCGUGGAACGUUUGCAAAUGUUUUAUAAAUGCUCCCGGGUACAAGGACAAGACAUCAGCAGUCGACACUGAUUGCACUGGGUUGCUGCAUGUUGUCAUAAAUAACAAGUACUUUCAUAGCCAUAUUGGAUGCAAUGUUACAGGACCAAACAAUCUUUUUUCAAAGGUACGGCAGUACCGAAAUGAAAUUUUUCACUCAAGCACUAUGGAGUUAGAGGAGAGUAAGGCUAAUUCAUAUAUUGAUGAUAUGAUAGCUGUUCUACAAGAUGGUAAGGAACUUGUACAUCGACAAGAUGCACAAGAAGCUGUUGGGAAACUUCAAGAUGUAAGUGUACAUAAUAAAUUAUAA